ACUCUCCUACGACCUUACGUUAAAUCAACAUCGUUAUCUCGGAAUAUGCUUAAUACUCAUGAUCAAAAUGAUUACGAAAAAUUUCCUUUUGAAGAUAUUGAAAAUUAUAUUCAGAAAGAAAUUACGGAUAUUAUAUUUUCACCAAAUAUGAAAUAUAUGGUUACAAGUAGUGAAGAUGAUGAAUCCUUAGUUAUGUGGACCAUUGACAUAGAAAAUAAUAUUAUCAAAAAAGAAACACAAUGCAAGUGUAAAAUGGUUGUAAAUUAUCAAGCCAUCUCAUUACUAGGUUUAUUAAAUAAUAAAUUAUUGAUUUUGGGUUACGAGAAUAAUUAUUACGGUUACUCGAAUUUAACGAUCCGAGAUAUGGGGACUCUGGAAGACAUUGCGAUAAACCAUUAUUUGACCAAUGGUCAUUUCUUGCAACUACUUCCGAAUGGAGAUCUUUUGUCGUUUCAAGCACAAUAUAUACAUGUGGUUCCGGAAACGUCCUUAAAAAAUUCAAAUAAUUUAAAGAGUUCAUCAAAAUAUUACCUUUGGGGUAUAGGCAUGAUCGAUAUUCGACAAAUCAACUGUAUAAGACAAAUAAAUGGGCAAAUCUUUUUUACGCUCAAAGGUUCUGUUAUGAUAUUUCAUUUAAAUACCGAAAAAUGGACUAUUGAAAACAACUAC